GAUAAUGCCUAGUUCCUAGAGGAGGGUUGCUAUACCGAUCCUCUCCUCCAUCCUUUUGGCUUAGUUUCACCACUUCUCUCUCUCUCUCUCUCUCAAAUGCCAACCCCAACUCCUCCCCACCUCCUCCGGCUAAUCCUAUCCUGCCGCAAAAUCACGGCUCAAGUAACCCACACCACAACCGAAUCCAUCGUGGCCAUGGCGUCAUCUUCCGAGAAAGAAUUCUUACCCCAGUACCGAUCCAAGCUGAACCGGUUCCCUCGCUCCCACCACCUAUGGGACGCCAGGGUCGCGUCCCGAGUCGGCGAGAAGCUAGGGCUUCGGCUAACGGAAAUCGGCGUCUCGUUCGUCGAGAUCGAUUUCAGCGAGGAGAUGUCGAGGCCGGUUCACUAUCGGAGAAUGGUGGGUCCGUUGGUGGAUUCCGUUAAGCGCGCCGGGGUUACGGUCUCCGGCGCCGAGAAGUUGCAGUUCGAGGGUUACUGAGUCAACGGCGGGCUGACUCGAUAAACUACUUGACGAUGGGGAUACUGAUUGUUUGUUCUAUAUGAAUUCUUUGGGGUUACUGAGAUGUACAAGAAAAUUGAGACGUGAGAAGUUUUGCUUAAACAUUUGUUGAAUUGUUGAGUUCUUUUAAGAGGAAUGCAGGCAGAAAGAAAACUUACUCCGAAAA